AUGAUAACCAUCCCUGGAGAGACCAUUCCCGUUCCCAUUGAGGUGGGACUGAUGAAGAUGGUCUCCCAGCCAGUCCGUUGCCUAAAUAUGCUGGAGCUGCUGGAAUGGUUUGUGGUCCAGAACUGCCUGGUGCUUGUCUUGGAAAAUCCAAGCCCCUGCAUGGACCUCCUGGACUUUUGUGAACUCCACGCAGGUAAGCUCCCUGAACCCCUGGCAAGGUACAUCAUGGUCCAGGUGGUUCAGGCAGCUUGUCAUUGCAGUGCCAGAGGAGUGUUCCACAAUGACAUCAAACUAGAGAACAUCCUCGUCAACACAGAGACGCUCCAGGUGAAGCUUAUUGAUUUUGGAGUUGGCGACCCGCUGAAGGGAACGCCCUAUACCUACUGCCCAGGCACUAAACAGUACUUCCCACCAGAGUGGUGCAGAGAAAAACUUUACAUGGCUGUCCUACCACCAUCUGGACACUGGGCGUCCUCCUACAGUAUAUAUGAUGCUCUGCGGGAAAUGGCCUUUUGAGACGACGGAAGAAAUUAUUGCUGGCCACCUGCACUUUCCUCCUGACUUGU